AUGGGAGUGUCUCCUAGGGAGAAGGCGGAGUUGGCUUCCUACAAACUCAAGGAUGUAGCUCAAGUGUGGUUUGAGCAAUGGAGGGAUGAGAGACCCAUAGGGGCUGACCCAAUAGAUUGGGGAGUGUUUAAGACGGCCUUGCUUGAUAGGUUUUUCCCCUUAGAGUUGAGGGAGCAAAAGUUGGUUGAAUUCUCGAACCUACGUCAAGGGAAUAUGAGUGUGAAGGAAUACUCUCUCAAGUUUACCCAACUCUAUAAGUAUGCUCCUACCUUGGUAGAAAACUCUAGGGCUAGAAUGAUUAAGUUUGUGAUGGAGGUUUUCGGUUUGGUUGAAGAAGAGUGUCGUACGACCAUGCUUCAUCAUGAUAUGGAUAUCUCUAGGCUUUUGGUUUAUGCUCAACAACUUGAGGAGACAAAGCUUAGGAGGAAGAUUAGAGAUAUGAAGAGGUCUAGGCCGGAUGAACAAAACCAAUCUAGGUCUAAGAGAAUCCGUAAACCUCAAAGAGGGAAUGGAGGUGGUUUUACAUUUGAGAGGCCUAGGUGUGCUACUUGUGGAAAGCAACAUUUGGGGAAGUGUCUUGCCGGUAAGGAUGGAUGCUUUGGAUGUUGGAGUAAGGGUCAUAAGAUAAGAGAUUGCCCUACACUUAAGGCAAAAGGGAAAGAGACCAAUCAAGUUUCUCAUGAUGGCCCAGAUCCAAAUGCUCCUACGAGGAAUCAUUUCUAUAUGCUUCAAGCUAACAAGGAUAAGGGAACAAACGAAGGCAAACAAACCUCGAUGAAGUCAUGGAAGAAAAUAUCUUACAGAGUCGCCAUUACUCAUGGAUAUUUACGACUUCCUUAUGAUUCUCUUGAAGACCAAGAUUCGCCUAUUUAUGCGGAAGGAAAUGUGAAGGAUUUAGUUUUCCCAAAUGUCAAAGUGACAGUGUAUCCAGAAGAAUGA